AUGCUCAGACGCCAUUCAGUCUGCCUCUCCGACAUCCCCUCCUUCGCAGAUUCUCUCGAACAGGAUCCCCUGGGCGAAUCUUAUCCCCAGACCUCCAAAUACGAAAACCCAGACGAAGAUACCACCAUCUGGACUAUACGCAGAUCCCCCACUCCGACGAUGACGGUAACGACAGCAUCAGCAUCAGCAACGCCCGCGAAGCCAUUUACGAACACGAACACGACCGCUGCGGAGGACAACGAGCACGAGAAGCAGCCUCAAGACACUCCCCAAACCACGUCAGCGAAAAAGAAGAAGAAAAACAAGAAGAAGAAGCCCAAAAGUCGGACUAAGGCAAAGGAUAAGCUGGACCAGGACCAGGAGCAGACUGAAGAAGGCAGCACUGUUGAGACUGAGACUGAGAGUCUGCCUCGGCUGGUUCAGCCGAUGUCGUUGGGUUCUCCUACGCCAUUUAUCGUCAACAGUGCGAGUUGGCAUAAAGUGGAUGAGGCCAAGAAUAACGAAGAUGGCCUCCAAAAAUUCCUCAGCUCCCAGCGUCUCUACACAGGGGACUGUGACAGUCCAUCAAUAACCGAGUUGACUCCCUCCACGACGACAGAUGCUACCGUUCGCGCUGCUAGCAUCCAUGGCGACAAACCAGCCCAGCAGGAACAACCACAGGAACAGCCGCAACAGCAGCCUUCCAACGUGCCAGAGCAACUUCCUGUUCCUACUGUCUGUCCUGAGCACACACGGAUGCUGUGCCAGUUUGUUCCUGGAUGCUGCGUGCACAAACCUCGACACUGCCAGUAUUGCCCUUUUCCGAUGUCGUGUUGCUGUGCCCAUCAUUCUGGCGAUUGUUGCUACUGUGCUUUUUCUCGGGAGCAGGCUUAUGAAGGUGGCAGUGGAAAUAAGGAAAACGUCAACCCAGAAAUGUUUGCUCCAGCUGACCCUAAGCCUGAGACGGCUAGCCAGAAACCUAUUAUUGUCCUGGAACCAAGCACCAGUGCCAGCGACGGCAGCCUGAGAACGCACACCCUAGCCCUCCUCGAAGCCGGAUCCUUCACCGACAGCCGCAUCAUUCUCGAAUCCCCGAGAAACAGCUUCUGCCUCACUUUCCCCGCCCACAAAGCCCUGCUCGCGCGCAGCCCCCGCCUGGCCGCAAUUUUCAGCUGCCUCGACCACCAGUCGUCUUCCAACGACAGUAAAAACACAGGCGAGGUCGACAUCGAAGCCCUUGUUGGCGAGACCUUUUACAUGGUGAAGGCAUUCGAAACCGCGCUACAGAAUCUCUACGGCCUGCCAUUGCUCAACAGGCAGAACCUGCCGCGGUUCACCAUGAUGGCGAUGGGAUAUACCGACGAAGAUGUGCACAGAACGGUGAAGUUUGGAAUGAGCGCUGCAACCGCUGAUUUUGCAAUCUGCUACGCCGUUUCCGGUGCGUUUCUGGGCCUCCCCGAGAUCAUGGAAACAGGCAUGAAGUUGGCGAUGGAGUUCGUGGAUUGGGAUAAUAUCGAGAUGGUGCUUUACUUCGCGCUGUCCGUUUCCAAGUUCAUUAUUACUUGUCCUGGACAUCCGAUAUCGUUGUCAUUUUCAGCGGAACAGGAACUCGUGAAUACUUGGAUUCCUCGUCUAAGGACGUACCUCUUCACUUUCAUAGCCACUUACCUACAGCACCUCCAGCAGAAACAGGAGCCGUUCGAACUUUACGUCUCCGCGCAAUCUAAAGGCAUGCCCGACCGCAUCCCCGAACACCUCCGCAAAGUGCCCGGGAGUAUCCUCUCAAACCCCAAGCUAGCAGAGGUCAAGUUCGGAUCUUUCGGUUCUGUCGAGGAACAACAGAAACCCAACCCUGAGGUAGUCCUCGUAUCCGCCAUCUUGAUCGGAUUACCGUACAAACUCUUGCAAGAGGCGUUUAAUAUUAUGGUGGAGAGAAAAGUGUUGAAUGAGAGCCAGGCGAGCACGAUUGUUAUCGAGAGGGAGGCGAGGAGAUUGUACGCGUUGAAGGUCUGGGGAGCGCAGCGGAUGGAUCAUGGUGGCGGUGGUGUUGGAGGUGAUGAGGAGGUGAAGGAGUUGGGAUAUCGCGAGAUUGUUACAAGGAAGAAUGGUAAGGUUCUGCUGGAGCGGGUGUGGGUUGGUUUGAAAUAG